CGGGAAGGGGGCGAGCCCUGCCUGUGGGCGGUGAGGGGCUGCGGGCAGGGCGGCUCCGUCGCUCGGAGCGGCCGUCGGUCGCUGUGUGUGUGGAGCGUGCUGAGGGGGACGCCGCGCUCCGGCCGGGCGGCCACCGGCAGCCCCAACGUUGUGCCUGACGAGCCGACGUUGGCGGUUAAUUCAUUGGCGGCGUCGCUCGUCUUGCUCCUCCAGGAGCUGGGCAGCCUUGACGGGCUUUUUGUCUCGCUGCUCCAGCCCCCUUUCCCUUCCUCCUCCUCCAGAUGCCUUUUCUCUGCCCCUCCUCGCCCGGUGAAGCCCUUGCCCGCGCAGGCUGCCGCUCGCGCCGGCCGUCGAAGCCGCUGUUGGGGAGUUCGCCUCUUUCCCCUCUGGGGUGUUUUCUGAGGAGGGAGACCUUUUCCCCCUCGACGAUGGGAUUGUCCUCCCUUGCGGAAAUGGACUUUCAUUGAUUUUUACUUACUUCAACGUCUAGUGACCCAUUCCCCAAGCGUUAUUUGUGUGGUAGUUCCCUUUUUUUCUUUUUUUUCCCCUCUUCCCCCAAAUACACCAUCUGUAAAAUGGAGAGCGAGAUUUUUACUCCCCUUCUGGAACAGUUCAUGACCAGCCCCUUGGUCACUUGGGUUAAAACGUUUGGACCCCUGGCUGCGGGAAACGGGACCCACCUAGAUGAAUAUGUGGCUUUGGUGGAUGGGGUCUUCUUGAACCAGGUCAUGCUCCACAUUAAUCCUAAAUUGGAGAGUCAGAGAGUAAAUAAAAAAGUCAACAAUGAUGCCUCACUUAGAAUUCAUAAUCUGUCCAUUUUGGUGAGACAGAUAAAAUUUUAUUACCAGGAGACUUUGCAGCAGCUGAUCAUGAUGUCAUUGCCAAACGUCUUAAUCAUUGGCAAAAACCCCUUUUCUGAGCAAGGCACAGAAGAAGUUAAAAAGCUGCUUUUACUUUUACUGGGUUGUGCAGUUCAGUGUCAGAAAAAAGAAGAAUUUAUUGAAAGAAUUCAAGGUUUAGAUUUUGAUACAAAAGCAGCAGUUGCCGCACAUAUUCAAGAGGUAACGCACAAUCAGGAAAAUGUGUUCGACCUACAGUGGAUGGAAGUGACUGACAUGUCGCAGGAGGACGUAGAACCCCUCUUGAAAAAUAUGGCGCUGCACCUGAAAAGACUUAUAGAUGAGAGGGAUGAACAGUCAGAGAUGAUAAUUGAACUCUCCGAAGAGCGAGAUGGUCUUCACUUCCUACCCCACGCCUCUUCGUCUGCACAGUCACCCUGUGGUUCUCCGGGCAUGAAGCGAACAGAAAGUCGACAGCACCUGUCAGUGGAACUGGCAGAUGCUAAGGCCAAGAUAAGAAGGCUUAGGCAGGAACUGGAGGAAAAGACUGAACAGUUGUUGGACUGUAAACAAGAACUUGAGCAAAUGGAAACAGAACUAAAAAGGCUACAACAAGAGAACAUGAGUUUGCUUUCCGAUGCUCGUUCUGCCAGGAUGUACCGAGAUGAAUUAGAUGUGCUUCGAGAGAAGGCAAUCAGAGUUGAUAAGCUUGAAAGUGAAGUCAGCAGAUACAAAGAAAGGUUACACGAUAUUGAAUUUUAUAAGGCACGAGUUGAGGAAUUAAAAGAAGACAAUCAAGUUUUAUUAGAAACAAAAACCAUGUUGGAAGACCAACUAGAAGGAACUCGAGCUCGUUCUGAUAAAUUACAUGAAUUAGAAAAGGAGAAUUUACAACUAAAGGCUAAACUGCAUGACAUGGAAAUGGAACGUGAUAUGGAUAGAAAAAAGAUUGAGGAAUUAAUGGAAGAAAACAUGACUCUGGAAAUGGCACAGAAGCAAAGUAUGGAUGAAUCGUUACAUCUGGGCUGGGAGCUGGAACAGAUAUCUAGAACUAGUGAACUUUCUGAAGCACCACAGAAAUCCUUGGGCCACGAGGUGAAUGAGUUGACAUCAAGUAGGUUAUUGAAGUUGGAGAUGGAAAACCAGAGCUUGGCAAAAACUGUAGAAGAGCUUCGGAGUACUAUGGAUUCUGUAGAAGGCAACGCUUCCAAAAUCCUGAAAAUUGAAAAGGAAAAUCAAAGGCUAAAUAAAAAGGUUGAAAUUCUUGAAAAUGAGAUUAUUCAAGAAAAGCAGAGUCUUCAGAAUUGUCAGAAUUUAAGCAAGGAUCUAAUGAAGGAGAAAGCUCAGCUUGAAAAAACAGUAGAAACACUUAGAGAAAAUUCAGAGAGACAGAUUAAAAUAUUAGAACAGGAAAACGAGCAUCUGAAUCAGACCGUGUCUUCCCUACGGCAACGGUCCCAGAUCAGCGCUGAAGCGAGGGUGAAAGACGUCGAAAAAGAAAACAAGAUUCUCCAUGAAUCUAUCAAAGAAACAAGUAGCAAGCUUAGCAAGAUUGAAUUUGAAAAAAGACAAAUUAGAAAAGAAUUGGAGCAUUAUAAAGAAAAAGGAGAACGAUCAGAAGAACUUGAGAAUGAAUUGCAGCAUCUUGAAAAAGAAAACGAAUUGUUACAGAAAAAGAUAACUAAUUUAAAAAUCACUUGUGAAAAAAUUGAGGCCUUAGAACAAGAAAAUUCAGAGCUAGAAAGAGAAAAUAGAAAAUUAAAAAAAACAUUGGAUAGCUUUAAAAACCUUACAUUUCAGUUAGAAUCCCUAGAAAAAGAGAAUUCCCAACUUGAUGAGGAGAACUUAGAGCUACGAAGGAACGUGGAAUCCUUGAAGGGUGCGAGCAUGAAAAUGGCCCAGCUACAGUUAGAGAAUAAAGAACUGGAAAGCGAAAAAGAGCAACUGAAGAAGGGCUUAGAGCUCAUGAAAGCAUCAUUCAAGAAAACAGAACGCUUAGAAGUUAGCUACCAGGGUUUAGAUACGGAAAAUCAAAGGCUACAGAAAGCUCUAGAGAACAGCAAUAAAAAAAUUCAGCAAUUAGAGAGUGAACUACAAGACUUAGAAAUGGAAAAUCAAACACUGCAGAAAAAUCUGGAAGAGUUAAAAAUAUCUAGCAAAAGACUGGAACAGCUAGAAAAAGAAAAUAAAUCAUUAGAGCAAGAGACUUCUCAACUGGAAAAAGAUAAGAAGCAACUGGAGAAGGAAAAUAAGAGACUCCGGCAACAAGCAGAAAUAAAGGAUACCACGUUAGAGGAAAAUAAUGUGAAAAUUGGAAACUUGGAAAAAGAAAACAAAACACUGUUCAAAGAAAUUGGCAUAUACAAAGAAUCCUGUGUUCGCCUGAAAGAAUUAGAGAAAGAAAAUAAGGAGCUUGUGAAGAGAGCAACUAUUGAUAUAAAAACUUUGGUUACGUUACGUGAGGAUUUGGUGAGUGAAAAAUUGAAGACUCAACAAAUGAACAAUGAUCUUGAAAAAUUAACUCAUGAGCUUGAAAAGAUAGGGUUAAAUAAAGAGCGACUCUUACAUGAUGAGCAGAGCACUGAUGACAGUAGGUACAAACUUUUGGAAUCGAAAUUAGAAUCUACUCUAAAGAAGUCUCUUGAAAUAAAAGAAGAAAAAAUUGCUGCUUUAGAAGCUCGAUUAGAAGAAUCUACAAAUUACAACCAGCAGUUGCGCCAAGAGCUUAAAACAGUGAAAAAAAAUUAUGAAGCUCUCAAACAGAGACAAGAUGAAGAAAGGAUGGUACAGAGCUCUCCUCCAGCAUCUGGCGAGGACAGCAGAUGGGAGCGGGAAAGUCAGGAGGCCACCAGAGAGCUCCUGAAAGUUAAAGACAGACUCAUUGAAGUAGAAAGGAAUAAUGCUACACUGCAGGCGGAGAAGCAAGCCUUGAAAACACAACUGAAGCAACUUGAGACCCAGAACAGUAAUCUGCAGGCUCAGAUUCUGGCACUUCAGAGACAGACUGUGUCACUGCAGGAGCAGAACACCACCCUGCAGACGCAGAAUGCCAAGCUUCAGGUUGAAAAUUCUACCCUUAAUUCUCAAAGUACCUCACUUAUGAACCAGAAUGCACAACUCCUAAUCCAGCAGUCUUCCUUAGAAAAUGAAAAUGAGUCUGUGAUCAAAGAAAGAGAAGACCUGAAAUCUCUCUACGAUUCUCUGGUCAAAGAUCAUGAAAAACUGGAGCUUCUUCAUGAACGACAGGCCUCAGAGUUUGAAUCUCUCAUUGCUAAACACGGAACUCUAAAGUUUGCCCACAAAAAUCUUGAAGUGGAACACAAAGAUCUCGAAGAUCGUUACAAUCAGUUAUUAAAACAGAAAGGACAAUUAGAAGAUUUGGAAAAAAUGCUCAAAGUAGAACAGGAAAAAAUGCAGCUUGAAAACAAAAACCAUGAGACUGUAGCUGCAGAAUACAGGAAACUUAGUGGCGAAAAUGAUAGGUUAAAUCAUACAUAUAAUCAGCUUUUAAAAGAGACUGAAGUUUUACAAACUGACCAUAAAAAUUUGAAGAGUCUUCUAAAUAAUUCCAAACUGGAACAAACGAGAUUAGAAGCUGAAUUCUCAAAGCUGAAGGAACAAUACCAGCAGUUGGACAUCACAUCUACCAAGCUGAACAACCAGUGCGAGUUUAUAUUUAAACAGUUGCUAAGCCAACUUAAAGGAAACUUAGAAGAAGAAAAUCGACAUCUGCUAGAUCAAAUUCAGACAUUAAUGCUACAGAACAGGACACUGUUGGAGCAGAAUAUGGAAAGCAAGGAUCUCUUUCACGUUGAACAGAGACAGUACAUCGAUAAGUUAAAUGAAUUAAGACGACAAAAGGAGAAAUUAGAAGAGAAAAUUAUGGAUCAGUACAAAUUUUAUGACCCGUCACCUCCUAGAAGGAGAGGCAACUGGAUUACCCUAAAAAUGAGAAAAUUGAUAAAGUCUAAGAAGGAUCUUAAUCGGGAACGUCAGAAAUCUCUAACGUUAACACCUACCCGCUCAGACUCCAGUGAAGGAUUUCUUCAGCUCCCCCAUCAAGAUAGCCAAGAUAGUUCCUCAGUAGGUUCAAACUCGUUAGAAGAUGGUCAGACCCUGGGGACCAAGAAAAGCAGCAUGAUUGCACUGAAAAGACUGCCCUUUUUGAGGAACAGACCGAAGGAUAAAGACAAAAUGAAGGCCUGCUACCGUCGUUCCAUGUCCAUGAAUGACCUGGUGCAGUCCAUGGUCCUAGCAGGAGGACAGUGGACAGGUAGUACUGAGAAUUUGGAGGUUCCUGAUGAUAUUUCAACGGGUAAAAGGAGAAAAGAACUGGGAGCUAUGGCCUUCUCUACUACAGCCAUCAACUUUUCAGCUGUCAACUCUUCUGCAGGCUUCAGACCCAAGCAGUUGGUUAAUAACAAAGAUACUACAUCCUUUGAAGAUAUAAGCCCACAAGGUAUUAGUGAUGAUUCUAGUACGGGAUCAAGAGUUCAUGCCUCGAGACCAGCCAGCCUUGAUAGCGGCAGAGCACCCGCUAGCAAUAGCAAUAAUAAUGCCUCACUCCACGAAGUCACAGCAGGUGCAGUUCCUAGCCAAAGCAGGCCUCAAAGCCACAGCAGUGGAGAAUUUAGCCUGCUUCAUGACCAUGAGGCUUGGUCCAGCAGUGGUAGCAGUCCGAUCCAGUACUUGAAAAGGCAGACCAGGUCAAGUCCAAUGCUCCAGCACAAAAUGCCUGAAGCGUUAGAGAGCCGGGCACAUCCCAAGAUCAAGACUGGUUCCCCUGGAAGUGAAGUCGUUACUCUGCAGCAGUUUUUGGAAGAAAGCAACAAGCUUAUCUCAGUGCAGAUGAAGUCCUCAAGUCAAGAUAAUCUUUUAGAUGAAGUAAUGAAAAGUUUGUCUGUCUCUUCUGACUUUUUGGGAAAGGACAAACCAGUUAGCUGUGGUCUGGCCAGGUCAGUAAGUGGUAGAACCCCAGGGGACUUCUAUGAUAGACGGACAACUAAGCCAGAGCAGUUUGUGAGACCUGGUUCUCGAAAGACUGAAGGUGCUCACUUCACUGGUCCUCCAGGAAAAUCUACGUCAGGCACUCAAGGAAAGAUAAAGUUGGUAAAAGAACCUUCUCUGCCACGACAAUCAAAAGAUAGUAGUCCUUAUGCUACUUUGCCACGCGCAAGCAGCGUGAUCUCUACUGCCGAAGGGACUACCCGAAGGACGAGCAUCCACGACUUUUUGACCAAGGACAGUAGGCUGCCUGUGUCAGCUGAGUCCGCACCAGCAACUGCUGAGGGCAGCCUCCCUGCAGCAUCUAAUGUGGACACAGUACAAGAAAGCAGAAUUUCAAAAAGCAGGGCUAGGGAGCAACAAAGCUCCUAAUUCUGUUACCCACUACAUGACAUGUGGGCCACGUGCUUAGUCCCGAGAUGUAUUUUUAAAGCCUUGAACGAGUAAUACAAAAGGAGCCCAUUUAUAAUAAAAAAAAACCUUGAUGUAUGUGUUGAGAUAUUUGGACAGCAACAAAAAUGCCUUAAAAGGAACGCUUUUGGACAAAGUUGCACUUAAAACACCCUUUGACAAAAUCGGAUUUUAAAUUGUCUUUUCAUUGUCUACGAAGAAUCCUUUUUCAAUGUUUGUCAUUUUACUUAUACCUGUUAUUAAAUACCAAAUCAAAUAAUAUAAAAACUGUAACAUUUCUUUUAAAAACUAAUGCUAAUAAGAGAUUUGGAGUUGAAUGGUAAAAUGUUUAUUACUUGAUGAUACCUAAUAUCUGCCACAGAAACCAACUCGUAACAAAAGUCACACCAUCUGUUUGCUGGAUAUCUUUUUAAAGACAUUUUUCAUUUUAAUUCUUAACUUUGUUUCUCCUAAAAAAAAAAAAUUUGGUUUAACAUUCCAGGUAUCAAACUGAUAUAAAAAUAAAACAGUGAAUUUUUAUAACAAGUGGUUAGUAAUCAUUUAAAACACUUUGAAGGACAGAGUAGCAGGGGCAGGGAUCUGGGAACCGUGGUUUCAGGGGACAUCGAGGUAAACUGGCAUAACAGUGUAUUAAGAAAAGGUUCUGCAUCCUACUUUGGUGAGUGGCAUCUGGGGUCUUAAAAGCUAGCAAGCAGGCAUCUUAAGAUGCUUCAAUUGGUCUCAGCCCACCUGGAGCAAAGGAGAAUGAGGAACACCAAAGAGGCAAAACCAGACCCAUUGCUGUCAAUUCCAACUCAUAGCGACCCUAUAGAACAGAGUAGAAUUGCCCCGUGUUGUUUCCAAGGAGUACCUAGUGAAUUCGAACUGCUGACCUUUUGAUUAGCAGCCAUGGCACUUAACCACUACGCCACCGGGGUUUCUAAGAAACAGAAAGGGCCACUUAAACCAGACUCCAUCAGCAUAAGACCGGAAGAACUAAAUGGUGCCCAGCUACCUACCACCAAUGACUGCCCUGAGAGGGAACAUAACAGAGAAUCCCUGAUGGAGCAGAAAAAGUGGGAUGAUGCAAAACUCAAAUUCUAGUAAAACGACCAGCCUUAAAUGGUCUGACUGAGACUCGAGGGACCCCAGAGGACAUGGCCUCCAGACUCUGUUAGCCCAAAACUAAAACCAUUCCCAAAGCCAACUCUUCAAAGAUUAGACUGAACUAUGACAUAAGAUGAUUACUGGUGAGGAGUGUGCUGCUUACUUCAAGUAGACACAUGAGACUAUGUGGGCAGCUUCUGUCCAGAGGCAAGAUGAGAAGGCGGAGGAGGACAGGACAUGGUUGAAUGGACAUGGGAAAUACAGGGUGGUGAGGAGGAGUGUGCUGUCACAUUAUAGGGAGGGCAACUAGGGUUACACAUAACAAUGUGUGUAUAAGUUUGUGUAUGAGAAACUGAUUAAUUGUAAACUCACAUAAAGCACAAUUAAAAAUAUAUAUUCCAACAACAACAAAAAAAGAAUAUCCCAUUUGAUUGUCCUAGAAGACGUGAGAAUUUUUAUAGCCACAUAAAGUUCAGUAGCCUCGGUUAGGUCAGAUCCUUUAAUGAAGGAAGGAUUCUGUUUGAGUCUAAAUGAGAAAGAAAUGUCAAAGUUCCUGCUUCUGUUUUUGAAGUAGCUAUUGUAUGGCAGCUAACCCCACAUUUUCCUGGGUUUUUAUACUGUUGCCAUAUUGGAAGGGACAAUAAGUAAAAAUUGAACAUAGAGAAGAAAGUUGUAUAGUGUGUUCCCAUUUCUAACCUCUGAACUGAGACUGAUCAUUUUUCAUGUAGUAUAUAUUCUGCUGCUGAGUUUUAAAGUGUAAUUUUAAUAGUGUUAUUACAGUGUCACAUUUUUCAUCCCUAGUUUUUGGGUAUUUUUUCUGAAUUAAAAAUUUCUAAAGAUACAUUGUCUAAUAGGAAGCCAAUCAACUUUUUUUUCUCUGAGAAAAGUCAGCAGCUUAAAAACAAACACCCAAUAAUGGAAAGCUUUUGCCCUUGUCUUUUUUUUUUUUUUUUUAAUUAGAUUGCUGAGGAGUUCUUAUUACAGCCCUUCUACGGCGCUAAUAUUUCUUUAAAAAAUUUUUUAUCAAAAUAAAAUCCUCUGUAAUCCCCAUCACCACUAUUAACAAUUGAAUAUAUUCCUUUUGGUUUCUCCUCUAUAUAAGUAUGCUACCAUGUGUGUAAAUUUACACAUCAAGUUUUGCAAUUUUUUUUUAAGUACAGAAAACAUCCUAGAAGAUGCAGAACAUUAACAUUAGAAGUGGACUUCACUGCUGAAGGAAUUCCUCUUGUAGGAAACAUCCUAGAAGACGCAGAACAUUAAUGUUAGAAGUGGACUUCACUGCUGAAGGAAUCCCUCUUGUAGGAAACAUCCUAGAAGACGCAGAACAUUAACGUUAGAAGUGGACUUCACUGCUGAAGGAAUUCCUCUUGUAGGAAACAUCCUAGAAGACGCAGAACAUUAACGUUAGAAGUGGACUUCACUGCUGAAGGAAUUCCUCUUGUAGGAAACAUCCUAGAAGACGCAGAACAUUAACGUUAGAAGUGGACUUCACUGCUGAAGGAAUCCCUCUUGUAGGAAACAUCCUAGAAGACGCAGAACAUUAACGUUAGAAGUGGACUUCACUGCUGAAGGAAUCCCUCUUGUAGGAAACAUCCUAGAAGACGCAGAACAUUAACGUUAGAAGUGGACUUCACUGCUGAAGGAAUCCCUCUUGUAGGAAACAUCCUAGAAGACGCAGAACAUUAACGUUAGAAGUGGACUUCACUGCUGAAGGAAUCCCUCUUGUAGGAAACAUCCUAGAAGACGCAGAACAUUAACGUUAGAAGUGGACUUCACUGCUGAAGGAAUCCCUCUCGUAGGAAGAAGAGGGAAGGGAGGGGGAAGGGUUGUGUGAACUAAAACUGCCUCAAUACAUCCUUCUGAGAACAGCUCCCUGAAGACAAAAUACUCCUCCUGAAAAGAUUUAGGGCGUCACCCAACCAAGGGUGCGAAAUAACCUCAUCACUUUUAUUGCUUUAUGUAAAUUACGAAUAGGAAAAACCACAUUCAGAAAUCUAUUUUAAACAUCAGCUCAGCUAGUUUUUGCCAAAAUUUAGUAUUAUGGGAUCAUGUCCUGUCUUCUUCACAAACAUGAGAAAGUCUUCAGGGCUCAAUCCCAUGGUGGCAGCGUUGGUCAUUGGAUGAAAGUACACCUUUUCAUGGCCACCUUCCAGAAAUGCAGAAUCCAGAACAAAUGUCACAUCUCCGUCAUCACAGAAGAGUGCCAAGGGUGUGGCACAGCCUUGGCUAACUUUCAGUUUUUCUAUCAUGGCUGUUUCAUCAGCAAACCUCAGGUUUCCACUCCCAACACCCAACUGUUUGGCCAGAUCAUUCAAAUUAAUUUGUCGAUCAUGAAGAACUGUCACCAGCCAAUAGCCUUUUUUCUUUUUGUCUUUGAGGAAUAAGUUCUUACUAUGUGCUCCUUUCAAAUGUUGGACGUGCGGCAUCAUUUCUUCAACUGUAAACACCUGUAAAAUAUCACAUAAUGAAAAGUUUAAAAAUAAAGUAAUACACAUACA